AUGAAGAUUGUGUUUGAGUGUGUAUACGCUGCAAAUGACAAUUGCACACUGGAUCGACUGAAAGAGUUGAGCAACACACGCAGAGAAGUAGAGGAAUUUAUAAAUGACGGAAGCAUUAUUGCAAAGGCUAUUGCAAGGGAAAAGUUCGGAGGGUCGAGUUCACAUUUGGAACAGGGAAUCCAGAAGUUAGAGAAGUACUUGCCUUUAUUGGAAAAUUUAAUUCAUCAUAGUGGAAAGGAGUGGCGGUAUCAGUGGGCAUCGAGGCUAAAGAUACAGUGGAGUAGUGCUCUUAGUGCUUCGUCUCUAUUCAGUUGUAAGGGUCACAAGUUUUUUCAAUCAAAUAGUUUGCUGUAUGAGCUCACUAUGAUGCGUUUCCUCUAUGGCGCUAUGCUACGUGAACAGGCGAGAGAAGUUCUGUCAAAAGACCUAGUACAAUCUACCACACUAUUUAGAAAAGCUGCUGGAAUUUAUCAUUCGUUGGCCACUAAGGUUGUGUCCGAAUACGAAGCUACGUUGAUUACAGAAGAAAGACCUCCUGAAGCAACAUCAAAUGUGUGUUCUGUUUUGAGCCUUGUAUGUUUGGCUGAAGCACAGGCUGUAACUAUCAGAAAGGCUGAAGAAAAAGGAAAUACGGAAAGUCUUCUGGCGAAGCUGCAUUAUGGAAUUGUACAGAUGCUGGAUGAAGCCAUUAUUAUUUUACAUAGAGCAAACAAGGACAGGAAAGAUGUAUCAACUAGCUUUCUAGAAUUUGUGUCAACUUGCAAAGCUUUCCAUGAGUUGAAAAGUUACAAGCACUUUGCAGACAGUCUAAAGACAGAUUCUGACAGUCAGAUUGGUAAUGCAAUUGGAGUUCUUCAACAUGCUCAAAAUACUAUACAGAAGAAUAAGCAAGGAGUCAUGGCGAUCAGUUAUUAAGCAUGAGCUUGAAACUGUAUCUGCACUGAUUCGUAAGUAUGAACAUGAAAACAACUUUAUCUGGAACAAAAAGAUCCCACUAUUCUUAUUAUAUAUA